GCACCGCAGGGGUGGGCACACGGGGAUGCCAUGCGCCGUGGGAAGGGUCCACUCACGGUCCCGUGAUGCGGUGGGAGUGGGCAUCGCAGACAUCCAGACAUCGUGGAGGUGGGCGUGAGGUGCUCCGAUGCCACGAGGAUGGGCUCCGACCUCCUCCCAAAGACAUCUGAGGCCGUGCGGGUGGUUUCCCCAAAAGGUGCCACAGGGACAGGCACCCAACACCUGGGCCCUAUGGAACGAGCGCCCCGAGAUGCCCUGACGCCACAGGGAAGGGUCCCCUCUGGGUGCCCCGUUCUGGUCGCAUGGCCGUGGCAGCAGCUCCAUGCCCAGCUCUCGUCCGCCACCUCCUGCCCUCCCAGCCUGGCUGUCUCCUCGCAACCACCGGCCGCGGCGCGUGACCGGGAACAAAGGGCCCUUUGACAGUGCCCGGCACGCAUGGGGCCCCCGCUCCCCCCAUCCCAUCCCAUCCCAUUGGGAGCCCCACAUCCCUGCAUGCACGGGGCCACCCUGAGCUGGAUGGAAAAUCCCCAUCGCGUCCCGCCACAGGCAUGGGGCUGUAGGGUUUUAUGGGCCCCUGUGACCGUAUGGGGAACCUUUGCUCCCCGGGGGGGCCCUUUGCUCUGGCUGCUGAGGGCAGCCCAGCUCGUGACACCCUUGUGCAAGCAGUGCCGCCCGCACGAGGCCGGGACAGGUGGGUGGGUCAGGCAGGGGGCAGCUGGCAUGGGUGCUGUCAAUCUGCAUGGCUGGUGUGGGUGCUAUGAGCCUGGCACGGGUGCUGCACAGCUGAUGUGGGUGCUGCAAGUAUGGCAUGGGUGCUGCAAGGCUGCUAUGGGCGGUGCAAGGUUCUGCAAGGCUGGGACAGGCAGUGCAAGGCUGUACGGGUGCUGUGAGACUGGCAUGGGUGGUGCAAACUUGGCAUGGAUGCUGCACGCCUGGCAUGGGUGCUGAGAGCCUGGCAAGGGCAGCUUAGGGCUGGCACGCGCACCAUGAGCCUGGCUUGGGAACUUUGAUCCUGGCACAGGCGCUGCAGGGCCUGGCACAGCUCCUGUGAGGCUGGCGUGGACACCGUGAGCCUGGCACGGGCACGCGGCCGUGCAGCCCCGGGCAGCUCCUCCCUCGCUGCGGUGCCAGCCGCCUCCAAAAACCCCCGUGUCCUCUGGCCGGACCCACCCCCACGGGUGACUCAGCCCGUUCCCGGCAAAGCCCGUCCCUAUAUAACGCGGUGCUGCCGCCGUGCACCCAGAGCCUGCCCGGCCGCUGCCUCAGUUUCCCCGUGCCGCAGCCAUGUGGAUGGUGUCACCGCCGGUCGGUAAGUCCCGCUUCGACGCCCCGAUGUCUCCCGGCCCAGUGCAAAGCUUCCCAUGGGAAAACGGCUGGUUUGGGUGUUUUUGGGAUUCCUGGUGGAUGUUGGCUGGGUGAGGCUUGCAGACGUGGGGUGGUUCAGGGCGCAGCUGUCGGGGUGAUGGCGCAGAGCAGCUCUGCGUGGCUGGGUGCUCUGCAGCGCUGCAAACCGGGGACAGAGAGAAGUGAGAGCCGAGCCCGCUCCGCCUUCGUGCUAACCUGCCCCGGAACUCACUGUUCUGAGCAGGCGCCCGUACCACACACGGGAACAAUGCGGAAAGAGCCAAAUCAAUGGUUUUCUUCCCCCCAUAAAAAGUAAUAAGAAGUACCGCCAGCAGCGGGGCUGAAGCCCGCUCCUUCUGCCCAUAUCUCUGCACCUUUGGGGCUGGGAAUGCCAGGAGCGGGCAUGGCGCUGCGCAGCAUUGUGAUGCUGCAGAACACGGUGCUGCCCACUGCGCACUGCUUCUCGUUGGACCUGCUGCCACCUCGGUCAGACCCCAAAGCGCCGCUUUUUGCCCGUUUUUCCCCUCUCCACAGCACAGGGAGAGCCCAAUCCCUGAGAGCGCUCAGAUGAAGGAUCUCACCAGCUUGCCUGGCUUUGGGACCACGGCAAAGGCAGGGUGCAAAACACACUAGUAUCUUCCAGUACACCAAGAAGCUGUUCCUGAGCAGGCAAGCGGGACAGGUGCAGGCGCUGGAGUUCGUCCGGAAAAAUGCGGCCAACGCGCUCUCCAUGGCGAACCUGAUCGUGGGGCUCUCCUCCAUUCUCUGCAGCCUCAACAGGCAGCACCACUGCUCCUGCUGGCUGCUCCUGGUGGGCUUCCUGCUCGAUUUGGCUGACGGAGCCGUCGCCCGGCAGCUCGAUGCCUGCUCGGCGCUGGGAGCCAAGCUGGAUGACUUCGCCGACUUCACAUCCUUUGGGCUGGCCACGGCGCUGCUGCUGCAGCCACGCGGUGUGCUAGACGGGCUGCUGGCCAUCGCCUAUGUGAUGGCUGUCUUCGCCCGCCUCUGCUUCUUCUCCAGUGGGAUCCCCUUCACCUACCGGGGCUUGCCGUGUCCCUACGCUUCCUCGCUGCUGGCCAGCACCUUCCUGCUGACGGGUGGCCACGUCACGCUGCUGCGCAUCGCCGCCGUCGCCAUGGUCCUCUUCAUGGUUGAUCGCGGCUUCUACCCCCAUGACAAGGUGCUGGAGUCGCAGUGCUGGAAGAAGGUGAUCUAUGGCGGAGGCAUUGUGGCCGUCCUGCUUUUGCCCACAACGGUCGCUUCCAUCUACUACCUUGCCUGGUCGGCAUCGUACAUCUUAUUCCCCUUCGCCAUCUGGAGCUGCAAAGCCUAAGGGCCAAGUGGCAGCAGCCCCGGCGAGGACCACUCCAGCUUAACCUCCACCUAAUGUGUAGUAAAGCUCUCCUCUGCCUCACUCUCGGGUGCCAGCACUGGGCUGUCUCGCCCCUCAUCUUCGUUUGCUCAUCCCGGGGAGGAGAGCCACGGCAGCAGACUCCAAACCCAGCAAGCUCAACGCUGCAGCCCCAGAGGGUUUCCCACCACGGCCGAGCCUGCUUAGAAAACAGCUGAGCUCCUGCACAAGGGAACUUUCAGUGCCAGCAGAGCCCAGGCCGGGCUUCAACCUGCCCUGCGCACGCGUACCCCCAGCCAGAAGAACAACAGCCCUGCACCAGAGCUCACCCCCCUUCCCAGGGGACCACCCCUCGAGGUGCCUCCUCCCAGUCCCACCAGCUGGGACGCGGACGGAGGUGACGGCAGUGCAAUCAAUGCAUUCCCACUGUACAUAAUAAUUUAUUGCAAGGGCGCGAUUGCGGCGGCUUUAGAUCCCUGAAAUCCUCACCAUGAGGAGGAAGCGGGCCCCCGCAGCAGGCAGCCCAUGGCAGGAUGGGAGAUGGCCACCAAUCACACCUGUGUGCCCCAGUUCCUUGCAAAACCCAGCCCUGAGGCAUGGGGAGCGCUCCAGUAUUUAUUUCUGAUGUGUCGCCAUAGGGAAAUAAUA